AUGACCGUCACCGGGGCGCUGCUGCGACGGCUACCCUUCUCAACAUCGACAACACCCCUCCAAGGAAUUACGUACCUACUUGGUAUCUCGCUGUUCAGCAUCUCGUUCCUCGUCUUUCUCAACAGCAGCGUCUCGUUUGUUAUCACAGACCUAAUCGGCAUCAAAGAUGGCGUUGGCGACAUUGUGGGCACCCUGGGCUUCGUGGACGAGAUCGUGGCUCUCGUCGCCUGUCCCAUCUGGGGGCUAGUUUCGGACCGGAGCGGCGUGCGAUAUGUUGCUGUAGCUGGAUAUACCGUCAUUGGGUUAUCCCUCUUUCUCUUCGUGCAGGCGGGCAAUGUGUAUCCACAACUGUUGUUGGCCAGAAUCCUUUUUGCCCUGGGUGCAACUGCUUCAGCCACGAUGGUAACAGCCAUCCUUCCCUCCUUGACCGACGAAACCGGCCCGACGGCAGAAGCCACACCCGAUUCCUCUUCUGCCAACGGCAGGCCAAGCAUUGCGCUAUCCGUCGACUCCGAAGCGACCAUUACCCCCGAACGCUUCCGACCCGAUAGCAACACUGAUGCUUCCGGAACCGGCGCGGCGCGACCAAGGUGCUCCGAUGACACAGGGAAACCUUCGGCCCUCGCCGGCUACGUCGGUCUCUUUACCGGCUGUGGUGCGCUGGUUGCUCUGGCCCUGUUUCUCCCGCUCCCCGCCCGUUUUGGGCGAAUUGACGGUGUUACGCUAGCGGAUGCUCUGAAAUACAGCUUCUACGUCGUGGGGGCCAUCUCCUUCCUUGUUGCUGUCUUUGUCUUUGUUGGUCUAAGGGGUCUCCGAGGCGAAGAAGGUAAAGGGUUCCGCAUGCUCCUUGGUCUGAAAAGCUCGACAGCACAAGGCAGCGGACCCUCCGAUUCUGGUUCCAACUCCCACAAAACCAAACCUCUCCCCUACCAUCACCUACUUUACCGCGCGCUACACCUCGCCUUCACCGAUGCCGACAUCCUCCUCGGCUACCUCGGUGGCUUCGUCGCGCGUGCCUCCACCGUCGCCAUCUCCCUCUUCCUCCCACUCUUCGUCAACACCUACUUCUUUGGCCUCGGAUUCUGCCAAGGCUCGCCGACGGAUCCGUCUCCGGAGCUUAAGAAGGAAUGCCGGCAAGCCUACGUCCUCGCCUCCAUUCUCACCGGCGUGGCACAGCUCGUCGGGCUUAUUUGUGCUCCACUAUUUGGUUACUUGUCCAGCAAAGCUGGGAGGAGCAGUGGGAAACGCAGCUGGAACUGGCCGAUCAUGGUAUCCACGAUCGUGGGUAUCGCCGGUUUUGUUGCAUUUCCGAUGCUGGAGAGCCCCGAGUUCAAGAACGUCCAAGGGCGCGGUGGCAGCCCCGUGGUGUUCUUUCUCGCUGCACUCAUGGGAAUCAGCCAGAUCGGUGCCAUCGUGUGCAGCCUGGGAUCACUAGGAAGAGGUGUACUAAAAGUAGAGGUGGUGAAUGUCUUGACCAGACCUGACGGAGAUCAAGAAACACUCGUUGAGACGGCAGACGGGCCGAGCGAUACGGCGCCACUGCUAGAGAAUCCAACGGUGCUGCCGGAGGAUACGGUAUCGAGGGUACGACUGAAAGGGUCGGUCGCCGGUGUGUAUUCGUGGUUUGGGGGCGCGGCUAUCUUGUUGCUCACGAAAUUGGGAGGGUAUUUGUUCGAUACGUGGUCCAGGGGGGCACCAUUCUACUUGAUGGCUGUCUUCAACGCUGUGCUGUUGGUAGCUAGUGUUGCUAUUGAUAUUGGGCGGACGGCUCAGGCGAGGAGGCGGCCCCUUCUUGCGUAA